AAAUGCCAGUAUAACCUUGAACGAGCGCGCGAAAGCACAUUCACUGGCUGUAUGGCAUGCAGCCGUAGCCCCGUACUUUUUUCUCUAAAUUUUCCCGCGCGCAUUUGACGAAAAUUUUCCUAACCUCAAACUUUUAAUGAACUUCUAAUCCAAAAUGGCGUCGAAAAAAAUCUUUUUCGUAAUAUUUCUCGUUUAUUUGAGUAAAGUUGAAAGUGCUAGUUUGUUUGAAAGAUCGUACGAAUAUGUAAUGAAUAUAGGGAAGAACUUAGCGCCUAGUUUCAUGACAAUGUUGGACUGUAUGGGCGAGGAAGAUGCUUGGGGUUGUGCUAAAACCAAGGCUGGAAUUUUGCUGGACGCGUGGGGACAAGACUUGAACAAGCAGAGAAGAAGUUGGCAAGAGCUAGCGGACGCAGAAGUGAGGCAGUCGGGACGAAGCUAUGAAGAGCUACCUUCCAAACUGGGGAGGGAGGUGGAGGGGGGGCUGAACUCCUUGGCGGAGAUAGUCGGUGAAGGAGUGGCCAGAGCAUUCACCACCAGAGGGCACCACGAGAGCGGCGGCAUCGACACUAUCACCAUUUCAACUGGCGCGGAUAAGAAGAAAGAGAAGAAAAAGAAGCAGAAACCACCAAAGAUCCACUUAGUCCAGAUGCCAGUCAUGAAAAUGGAAGAGAAAGGUCGUCAGAAUGAACAGCACGUCCAGAAAUGGGUGAUAGGGAAGGAGAAUGCGGAAACGAGACAAGUAGAUGUGCAACAGGGGGAAGAGAUAAAGACGCAAGAUGUAGAAGUGCCGAGGGGUUUUGUGGAGGAUGUCUGGUCGAUUGGAGAAAAGGCACUAGACUCUGUUGCUGAGCAUGCGUUGGAGAGUGACAAUUUGGAGAAUGGAUUGAGUGAUAAGAGCUCUUUGGAGGAACAAAGAGGCAAGAAGAAGAAGAAGAAGAAGGCGAUCCUGAAGCUGCUUCUGCUGGGCGCCGUGCUGAAGGCGAAGAUCGGGACCAUGCUGCAGAUACUGUCGUUUAAGUUGCAGGUGAAAUUCUUCAUCAUCGCGCUCCUGGGGCUGGCCAUCAACCUGGCGAGGUUCUGGCUCGACGUGAAGAAGUCACAUCAUCAGCAGCCGCAGAAGGUGAUAUACUACGAGCACGCCCAGCACCAGCAUCACUACGACGAGCACGAGGAGGCGCCGGGCUGGGGGCCCUGGUCCCGCAGCAUGGAGCCUGGGGAGCAACAGCAACAACAAGACAUCGAGAUCGACCUGGACCUCCACAACACUCCAUACCGCGCGCAGGAGAGGAUACACAUGAGAGACAUGCGUCCCGUUCCUUCCGACAUCUAAACUAUACUUCUAUAUCUCUCAA